AUGAACUCUAACGACAUAUUCGACGAGGAUAUCGACCUGAACGAGGAAGAGGACGACGAAGAAGAAGAAGUCGACGAGCCGUCUGUGCCCGAUGAUCAGGAGGAAGGCGAUCAGGACGAUGACGAGGAAGGUGAUGAGGACGAGGACGAGGAAGACGACGGCGAAGGUGACGAGGACGAAGCAGAAAUGGACGUCGACGAGCAGGAGCCUUCGCAGGAACAGCCCGCUGCUGAAGUAGACGAUAACGUGACAGAAAAGCCAGCAGAAAAUCAACCAGAGGAGAAAUCAACUGUCAGCGUGCGACAGUCGUUGAUCGAACGUGCUCGCAACCUGAACGUGCUAGAGAUUUACCCCAUCGUUGCAAUUCCGUAUUCGUCACCUGUGUACUCAAUUGCGCUUACCAAGGGCCCGCGGUGGCUUUUCACAGGCGGAGAAGACGGAUUCAUUCGGAAAUUCGACCUAUUUGGGUCCGUCGAAGGAAAGUCACCGCUCACUUCUGCGCAGAAGCACCAACUGGUGGAUUCCAUUUCCUACGGGGGAAUGCUCUGCUCGUACUGGGAGAACGAGCAGCCGUAUUACAAGGAGGAAUUGCUGACAGAACUGGCUUCGGAGCAGCUGAAAAACUCCAAGGCCAAGACCAAAAAACCUACUAACACAACGAUCACCACCUUCGAGCCUCGCAUGUCUCCCGUGUACUCGCUGGCGGUGCAGUCGGACUCGCAUUGGCUGCUGAGCGGCCUGAAAAGCGGUGGGAUUACCCUCCAGAGCGUGCGCUUCAACGAGGGUGCAAUCCAGUACUAUUUCAAGCACGGCAAGUCCGAGCACUCGCACAGCGACACCGUCUCGUGUUUGCAGCUCAACAACGACGAAAAGCGUUUUUUGAGCGGAUCUUGGGACAUGAAAAUCCUCGAAUGGGAUCUCAACACGGGCAAGACCAUCAAUCUAUUCAACAAGUCCAAAGGACAGAUCUCGCACAUAGAAUAUAGACCUGUUGGCGGAGUGGACCUGCCGGUAAACCAGGCAGAUGACGACAUGGACUCGCUGUUUGGAGACGACGAGGAGGACGUCAAGAAGCAGCAGGAAGAACGCGGCUCGAUUAAACAGGACAUUAAGAAGAUCCAGGACGAUGCUGCCCAGACGGGUAAAGCUGCCGCAAUCCAGCGGUCGGAUCACGUGUUCCUCUCGUCGGCGGUCAACGGGACCGUCAAUGUGUGGGACUCGCGGCUGCCGACGGCGUCGAACGACGUGUCGACCAUCAGCAUACUGCCAGGAUCCACGCCGUGGUGCAUGUCUGCUGUGUGGUCGAACGAGGGCAACUCGAUCUACGUGGGCCGACGCAACGCUGUGGUGGAGGAAUACGAUAUCCGGCGAACGAGCGAGGUCAAGCAGCAGAUCAAGUUCCCUCUUGCAUCGGGCCCUAUCAGCGUGGUCAAGACGCUACCGAACGAUAAUUACCUGCUCUGCGGCUGUCAGGACAAUAUACGACUUUACGACCUGCGGCUCUCCAACAGCGCGCAGUCGGAUGAGCCGUCGAAAAAGAGAAAGAAAAUACCGUUUAUGAUUGUUCCCGGACACAAUGGCGGCAUCUUGAGCGAUCUCUACGUGGACCCUACGUGUCGAUUCAUGGUGAGCUCGAGCGGAAACAGGGGCUGGCAGGGAAAAGCAAGCGACUAUGUUUUCAUUUAUGAAAUACUAGGAACCUGA